AUGUCGUCGAGCACAGAGCCUCCGAACGUUGGCGACGCGCUUGCGACGACUACCGUCGCCUCCGCCGUCGCAGGACUCGCUAUCGCCUCACAAGAUAGCACCUCGCCUUCACCCAAUGGUCUCUCGGAGUCCACGACGGUCAACGGAGUCAACGACAAGCAGAAAGCGACAAACGGGACAAACGGGGCCAGCGAUGAGGGUAAUCCUGCGCGGGAGGUAACAGGCGAUGUCGCACAGCACGGCGGCGACGACGACGACGACGAUGGCGACUCAGAACCCGCGUCUCCCUGUUCGUCCUCUGCUCGCAUGGGUCACUCCCACUCGUAUUCCUACUCCGACGGCUUCGCAUCCGACGAGGCGGAUGUUAAGGCGGGCGCGGGGCCCUGCGGGAAGCGCGGGGGGCACUACGCGUCCGCGCACUACAAGCGCGGCGCAGGCGGCGCGAGCUUCCCCGCCGCCGGGGGGUCCAGCGGGCGCAGCGGACGCCUGGACGUGGAGUCAGCGGCGGCAGCGGCUGUGGCGGCCAUAGCGGGAGCCGGCGCAGCGGCUUCCGCGGGUUCCGCGCAAUCGUCUCAGCCGUCGCAGGCAUCGUCCGCGCGGCACGGCGGGUCCGCGCGGGCGCGGUCGAUGCGCAUGGCGGCGCGCCGAGAGCAGGGGAACGCGGGGGCAGGCGGAGUAGGAAUGCGGCGGAUUGCGGAGGAGGAGCGGGAGGAUGGCGGAGCGGGUGUCGGGACGAGUGUGGGAGGUGGGGCGGAGAUCGUGGGGAAUGGGGGAGGGGUCGAGGCGGAGGCAGGCGCAGCAUCGGCGGGCGUUGCGGGUGGAUCCGCGGGCCAGAUGCAAGCUCCGCUUUCCGCCAACGCGCAGGCGCACGCGCACUCGCACGGGCACGGGUACGGGCACUCGCACCCGCAAUCCCGCGCGUCUGUGCAGCCGUUGGCGCAAGUGCACACGCGCGCAAUGUCGCAUGCGAACGGGGGGUUCCGCGCGCCUGCUACGCGCAGCCCGCGCUGGCGCCAUGCAGCUACUCUGGCAGGUGGGGGGAGGGCGAGUGUGGGGGAGGAAGGGUCGGAGAGGGAGGGGGGGGCGAGCGCAGCAGGGGAGGAGGUGGGGGGGUAUUCCCCUGACGAGGAGGAUAGUGUGGAGGGGCAGAGGCGGAAGGUGAAGGGACGCGUGAGGAGGAAAGUGGGGGAUGCGCGGCGAGCAGAGGACAUGGCUGCACGGCAGUCGGAUGAUGACUCGGGGAUUGACUGA